CAUUUUCCUGCUCUGAGUGGAAGCAGUCGCUCAGGAAGUUGGUGAGAUCUUAUAUAUUCUUCAAAACCAGGACAAACUCUUCAGAAGAUCCUGUGGAGUAAAUCACGUUAACCGUGGGAUUGGCAUUUGAAGGAGGAGACAACAGCGUGUGAGCUUGUAAACCAGACUGUGGAUGUAUUUCUGACCUCUGCAGAUCACUGUCCAUCACGAUGCAGUGCCUGCUGCGUGCCCUGUGUACUUGGAUUGUCAUUGCCAUCAUUGUGACAAUCAUCUUGUUUACAUUAAGUGAUGAAAAAUUAUUCUCAGUAACAUCAUAUCCAUUUAAAUGGAUCAGAAACAUGGAUUGUUCUGAAAGCUUUCAUUUAAGAAACCAAAGCAAGAGGCUGCUUCUCAGUGUAAAUCGUUCCUCAUGCUCCUGUGAAGGGGAUCAUCUUAGCAGUAAAGUGCCACAGGAAAGUCUUGGUGCUGUUGAGAAACGUCGGGCAGAGGAGUACAGGCAACACCAGAUUAGGACGGCAAUGAAUUUGAACAAAAUUAUUCUCGCUCUACCCAACUCGCCUCUUCAAUACCCUAUUCAUGGAUUAACAGUCAUUCCCAUGAAGAAAAGUUUGAUACCAGGUUUAGCUUUACAUGCAGACAAGAGGGCCAAAUAUAAGGUGUCUCUGAGUGUGCAGAAAGGUGUGUUAUCAGUGAAUAAUGAUCUGAAGAGAGUGCAGGUGGAUGGGCAGGACCAGAACACAUUAACCAUUUCCUCCACUUGCCUUGACCUAAUCAACCAUCUGCUGAGUGGAGUGAUGUACAGCAGUACUGUCUACCACAUCAGGACAAGUGACAUGGUUUCCUUCUCUUUCGAGGACUAUGAGGCAAUAUUCCCCAUCACAGUCCGCAGGCCUUCAGUACCUGUUCUCUAUGAUCCUGGAGAAGACAUCAACUCCUUGGUGACCAUAGCCAUUAAGACUUUUCUCAGAUACGCUGAGCUAAAGGUUCUCAUAAAGAGCAUCCGCCGGUUUUAUCCAGACAUUAAGAUCAUCGUCGCUGAUGACAGCCUAAAUCCUGAAAAUGUUUCAGGGACCAACAUAGAACAUUACAUCAUGCCUCCUGCACAAGGCUGGUUUGCAGGCAGAAACCUGGCCAUCUCACAGGUCACCAGCAAAUACUUCCUAUGGGUAGAUGAUGACUACGUGUUCAAUGGGAAGACGCGGAUCGAGAGCUUUGUGGAGGUUAUGGAGGCUGUUCCAGAGCUGGAUGUGCUUGGUGGAGAUGUUGAUGGGAACCAGUUCUACUUUAGUCUCAUGUAUGAUGUGGGGGAUGAGAAUGAGGGUGGCUGCAUGAGUCGGUUAUUCAUGAAGGUGCACAGCCCAUUGCCCGGCUUCGAUGGCUGUUACCUAGUAGAUGGAGUGGUCAAUUUCUUUCUGGCCCGGACAGAUGCAGUGCGGAGGGUUGGUUUUGACCCAUUCCUGAAAAGAGUAGCUCACACUGAGUUCUUCAUUGAUGGACUUGGAGCUCUGAUGGUUGCAACAUGCAAAGGAUUCUCAGUUGGUCAUCAGAAAAAAAGGAAGAUGUUUCCUAAGUAUAAUAAAUACAGGCGCCUAAUGAAUGAUGAAAAGGGAAAACUGGCCCAUCAUUUCUUUAAGAACCAUCUCAAGUGCAUCAAGUACUGAAGCAGGAGCUUUCAGGAGUUUCAGGACUUUGCUAAUACUGAAAUGUAGCAUGAUUAUUGUAAUUAUAAUGCACUGUGUAUUAAACAGAAUUUCCAACCUAUCCAAAGCAAACACUUGAAUGACAAGAUAUUUUCCUCCUUUUUUCUUUUUAGACAUCAACUCUAGUGUUCUUUUGACAUGUCUCUCUUAAAUGGACCUAAAGAAGACCUUUACCUUAAGUAAGUUAAUAGAAAAUUCCAUAAAAUGCUCUCAAGAGUGGUUAAUAGGUUGUUUAACAUGUCCUUUGACAAAGAACAGCAUGUGCUUUCCUCUUUGGUGUUCAGCAAAUAACCGCAUGUUGAGAGCAUGCAUUAACCCACACAGCUGAGAAGUGGAAAAGCAUGCAUUAUAUCAGAGUCACAGACUGUACUGAAGGUUUUAUCCACAAGGCGGUGAUGGUGAGCUGAUGUUGUUCAAAGGUGGCCUACCUUGUGGGUUUUUCAGCAGAGGACAGCCAUUAUAUCCACAAUGAUUCUGUGUUUUUGUGCUGGUGACAUUGUUUCUGCACAUAAUUGCACAGUUUUCAUUUAGUCUUUUUAGCCUAGUGCCACCUUUUCUCAAUAAACUUCCCCAAACUAGUCCCUCCAUACUAGCACUUCACCGUGAAGUAUCACUUGUUAUAGUUACCCCUAAGGAGAGCACAGUUACGGAAGAGGGUGUAAAUAAGUGAGUAAACUGUGAGACACCCUUGCCAACGUUCAGUGGAAUCAGGAAACUGUUAUUGCCUGUUAUUAAACUGUAUAUAUAAACUGUUGUUUAUAUGUGUAAAAUGUGUUGUGUGAGCACUUAAGCAUUUGUAAGUGGCAAGAAAACAAACUAUUUCUAGCUAUAUGGUUUCACUUUAUGGUAGACAC